AUGGCCAAGUUUGCGAUCAUCACGUACUCCACAUACGGCCACAUCACCACACUGGCCAAAGAAGUUGCCAAGGGUAUCGAGGCCGCUGGUGCUGAAGCAGAGGUGUUCAGAGUCCCAGAGACUUUACCCAAAGAUGUGCUCGAGCUAAUCCAUGCCCCUGAAAAACCGGACGACAUCCCUGAAAUCAAGGCUGAGGAUCUCACCAAGUAUGAUGGUUUUGUUUUUGGAUUCCCAACCAGAUACGGCGCAGCUCCUUCGCAAAUCACCUCCUUGUUCGACUCCACCGGUGCCUUGUGGGCCACCGGUGCUCUGUACCAUAAGCCAGCCGGAUUCUUCACCUCCACCGGUACUGGUGGAGGCAAGGAGACGACCAUCAGAAACACAUUGAGUUUCCUGUCUCACCACGGUAUGAUCUACGUGCCAUUGGGCUACGCCAAAGCCUUCCCAGAGAUUACCAAUGUGGAAGAGGUCCAAGGAAGCUCGCCUUGGGGUGCCGGUACCGUUGCUGGUAGUGAUGGCAGCAGGGUACCAACUGCACUGGAGUUGAAGACAGCCUACAUACAGGGUCAGGAAUUUGCAGAGGUUGCCACCAAACUCGCUGCUCCACUUAAGACUGGUGCUACGGAGGUGUCCGCACCAGCAGGCGAGACCUCCGCAUCUGCUCCUGCUGAGGAAAAGAAAGCAUCGGCCACUGAGUCUGAAGACGCUAAAAAGCCAGAGACCAGUGCCUCUGCCGCAAAGUCGAGCGAGAAAUCCGGCUGCUGUGUGAUCGUUUAG